CUGAUACCUACAACACAAAGAAAUAAAUAGAACAAAGUCCAGCGGAAAACUGAGUGCUCGUUGAUGAGUAAUCCGGAACUUGUUGAAAUACGCGGAAUCGGUCUUGGAUCAUAUGCAGCAUUUCAUGUAUCCUUUUGUGUUCAGGUGGGAGUGACUCACAGUUAUUUUUCAGUAGAAAAGCAAAAUAAUGUUUGUGGUGGGGACCAAAACAUGACAGUUGCUUGAGAGAGUAGGAGAAAACCUCUAUCAUCAUGGAACCCGGCCCAAAGAAAAAAGCGGACCUGAAAGUGAUUGUGAUGGGUGACUUCAAUGUGGGCAAGACUUCCUUUAUUGGUCGGUAUAUAGAGGGGGAAUUCAAGCAACAUGAUGCUACCAUUGGUGCUGCUUUCUUCCUUAAACAGUGGGGGCCAUACAACAUAGCUAUCUGGGAUACAGCUGGAGCGGAGAGGUUCACUGGUCUGUCUUCAUUCUACUGUAGAAACGCUGGGGCUGCUAUCCUGGCAUUUGACAUGUCCAUUGUCAGCACUUUUGAAUCUCUAUGGGCUCGAUUCAUCCCCUUGCUAGAGGUUGCUAAUGAAGACUGCCUUAAGAUAGUUGUUGGGAUGAAACUGGAUGCAUUGGGUGAGGACCAAAGGGAGGUAACUGUUCAGGAGGGAAAGAAAUUUGCCCGAGAAAUCAAUGACAAGAUUGACCUAAGCAAACUGCCCAGUGACCCAUACUUUGAAACUUCCAGUAAAACUGGACACAAUGUGACGGAAGUGUUUGAGUACAUCUUUCGGUAUUGUCUUCCAUUGUCCGAGGCACAGCUGCAAGCCGCUAAUAGGCAAGGGACAGUAAACCUACCAAAUGGAAAACAAUCUCAGAAAAAAUGCUGCAGCCAUUGAUAUACUCAGAGUGGACAUCAGUUACUGAGCUGAUACAGGAGAGUUUGAGUUGUGCCUACACCCAUCAUUACUGAUCCUACUCCAUAUAGGCUACGUGGCAAUUCAAAGAGAGUGGCGCGGCAUAAAAGUUGUUAUAUAGUGAUUUUUAUAUCCUAAUAUUAGUAUAAUUUGGGGGCAUUUUAUGAAAUUUACCAUUGCAUCAACCGGACAUAAAUUUCUGUUUUUGUUAUUGUUAAACUGUUGUUAGUUCUUUUUCUUUACUCUAGGUUAUAUUUUUGUACAAAAUUUACAUACAUGUACAUUUAUCCAAGAACGAAAGUGAGGUAUACAUGUAUGUCACGAACCAGAGAGUUUUGUACCAAUAAAAACCAAAUAUUACUUUUA